CAACAACAACCAAAAAGGAAAAAAAUAUGUUCUUACAAACAUGUUUAGUAAAUGGAGAGUGCAAAAAAGAAAAAAACUAAUUGGUAGCCGUUUGCGGAGGAGAUGCUGCUGGAAUUAUGGGAAGCAAAUAUAGUGGACCUGCGUGGGGCCAGGAAGAACGGCCACAUCUUUAAACAGAUGGCAGAAUCCCUUAAAAACGCUGGAGUGUGUGUCAGCAGUGAGGAAGUGCGGUCAAAAAUAAAUAACCUCACUGGGAAAUAUAGGAAAGAAAAGGGGAAUAUUGGUGUGUCAGGUGGAUCACCAUCAGACUGGCCACACUAUCAGCGAGUACAUGCCAUUAUAGGUGGUUUUAAAUGCAAUAACAUAGAAGAACUUGUUGAAGAAAGUGUAUCCAUAGAGUAUUUAUUUAACACUCCAUCGUCGGAAGUACUGGACAUUUCUGGGGCUUCCUGCUCUGACUCCCUCGCUCCGGUAGAGGUCGAGUGUGCUGGAUGCUCCAAAUCGAAAAAGCAGAAGUUAAACGCAAGUCUCAUAACGGAAAUUCAAGAGACGAAAGAGCUAAUAAAAACUAUGUAUCAGGAAGAGAACGUUAUCGAUUCAAAAUUAGUUAAUAUAGAGGAGCGACGGAAUGUUUUGUUAGAAGAAUUUCUUUGAGAUGACCAAAUGCAUUCUCGACUACCCUUCUGCACUUAGACAGGGCAUAAUUAAAGUUUUUUUAACUGAAGCUAGCAUUCUCUCUAUAUGGAUAAGGUUUCAUUAAUAUGUCCGAAAACCGAAAAGCUGAAUCUCCAAGCAUUACAACUGGAACGUUAACUCCGUUUAUUUGCGUAGACAAGUGCGUAAGGAUAGGGUUUUGAUGAUGCUGUUUCAAAGCAGAUUUCUCGAAAAUGUGGGAAUCGUUGCACCGUCCAGGGGUGCCUACGUUUAUAUACAUAAAUCUGUACCUAUAAUAAACAAUGUGAGCAUUUACUUUUUAGGCAUAUAUUCAAUACCAACCUAUAAUCCACUGAUGCAAGUAAUACUGUGGAGUACCAGCCUUUGUAGUUAUAGUAGUCAGUUG